UUCCACACCGACGGCGGAGUCAGCCCCUCAUGGCGACAGCCAGCUGGUCGGCAGCCGUCAGGGUGAGGCGUCUUUCUCAGGGACACCUCGACACUCAGCUAGGCGGAGUCGGGGAUUCAACCAACAACCUUUCGGUUAAAAGUCAACCCGCUCAACUCCUGAGCCAAUGCCGCUUCGGGACUGUCUGGGCUCCUUGCUGGCGUCAUGAUAUUAGGAGAAGAGACACCGACUGAUGCGAGAGGACUUCUCCCCCAUCAUCCAGUAGGAGAAUUUGGAUCACCCAGUAGGAGUGGUGGAGCAUCCAGUAGGAGGUUUGGCCUUCAGAGAUUCCUCUCCACGGGCACGCGCAGGGUCGCGCGCCCCAGGAUCCGAGCGCGUGGGCUCCGAGAGGAGCGAGCAGAGAGUACGCAGGCAGACCUGGUACAAAGAGGACCUCCUGGUACAAAGAGCUCCCAAGGAAGGACUGGUCACUCUCCCGGACCUGGUACUAAGAGUUCACAAGGACUGGUCUCUCUCCUGGACUAUUUAGGACUCUGCUGAAGCUGGUUUUGUAGGAGCUUUAUCAUCUCCUUCCGACGGAAGGAUAGUGAAGACCGAGUGCAGAUCGAGUGGAGACCGAGUGAAGACCGGGGCGGCUGGCUGCAGACUGAGAAUGGCUCUGAACGUGGGGGGCAUCGUGGCCGUGGUGGUCUUCUACGUCCUCAUCCUGGCCAUUGGAGUCUGGGCCUCCAAGAAGUCCAAGAAGGAAGAGAAGAAAUGUGCCGGCAGCAAGUGCGAGGUCACCAUGAUCGGGGGCCGGAACAUCCACCUGCUGGUCGGCAUCUUCACCAUGACCGCCACCUGGGUGGGGGGCGGCUACAUCAUGGGCACCGCCGAGGCCGUGUACUCCCCGUCCCAAGGCCUCCUGUGGGCCACGGGCCCGCUGGCCUACCUCCUCACAUUCUUCCUGGGGGGUCUGUUCUUCGCCAAGCCAAUGAGGGCCCAACGCUACGUGACCAUGAUGGAUCCCUUCCAGCGGCGCUAUGGCAACGCUUUCACCACCGCCCUUCUGGUCCCGGCGCUCCUGGGUGACGUGCUCUGGGUGGCCUGCAUCCUGGCGGCCCUGGGCGGGACGAUGAGUCUGAUCCUGGAGCUGUCGUCCUACUACUCCAUCGUGCUGUCGGCGGCAGUAGCCAUCACCUACACCCUGCUGGGCGGCCUCUACUCCGUGGCCUACACCGACGUCAUCCAGCUGUUCUUCAUCUUCCUCAGCCUGUGGCUGUGUGUUCCCUUCAUCCUCCUCAACCCGACCUCUUCUGAUGUCACACACACAGCUCAACCAAUGACAGCCUGGCUCAACCAAUCACAGCAGGUGCCCUGGAUGGGCGAAUUGAAGCUAGAGGAUGCUGGGAAAUGGCUGGAUGAACUCCUCUUAUUGGCUCUGGGGGGGCUGUCCUACCAGGCCCUGUACCAGCGGAUCCUGUCGGCCGCCUCCCCGUUGCAGGCCCAGGUCACAUGCUUCCUGGCUGCUGGCCUGGUCCUGGUGCUGGCUGUGCCGUCCAUCAUCAUAGGGGCCGUCGCGUCCACUACGGACUGGAACCAGACGGCCUACGGCCUGCCCUCUCCGUUUGACCGCGGCGAGGCGGGGAACGUGCUGCCCAUCGCCCUGCACUACCUCACCCCGUCCUGGGUAUCGGUGGUGGGCAUCGGGGGGCUGGCCGCCGCCGUCAUGUCGUCCAUGGACUCGGUGCUGCUCUCCUCAGCCUCCAUGUUCGCCCGCAACAUCUACAAGAACUUGCUGAGAGUCGAGGCGUCAGACAGAGAGUGCCUGUGGGUGAUCCGUGUGUCGGUGCUGUUGGUGGGGCUGGCGGGCAUGGGCCUGGCCUUCAUGGAGAGCAGCGUUCUGGCGCUGUGGCUGGUCAGCGGGGACCUGAUCUACGUCACCAUCUUCCCCCAGCUCAUCUGCGUGCUGCACUGCCCGCGGGCCAACGGCUACGGGGCGCUGACCGGGCUGGUCCUGAGCACCGCCCUGCGGGGACUGAGCGGGGAACCCCUCCUCCACCUCCCCCCCGUGCUGCUGUUCCCCGGCUGGCGACGGGACCCCCUCAGCGGCGCGGUCAGCCAGUACUUCCCCUUCCGGACGGCCAUCAUGCUGCUGGCCAUGCUGUCCAUCCCGACCGUCUCGCUGCUGGCCCAGGGGGCCUUCAGGCUCCGCCUACUGCCGGCCUCCUGGGACCUGAUGGGGGCCCUGCAGGGGGGCGGGGCCGAGGAGGGGGAGGACGGGGAGGAGCGGGAGGCCAGGGCGGUCCCCCCCGCCAAGGAGAACCUGCUGGCUCUCUCCGGCCCCCCCCCCCCCCGCGCUGGCUGAGAGCUGCUGAUUGGUCGGUAGUGGGAGGUCGUCCGUGGGCUCGUUUUGUACUCGUUCCUCUUCUACUCUCUAAUUUGUCGCUGCUUAUCUCGUGGGCCUGAAGCUUUGCUUAGUCUGAUGUCUCCUUCGGGACUUCCCCAUUCCUGGUGCUAGACUCAAGCUCUCGUGUGGAGUUAUACGGGAUCGCUGAUCCCCAGGUUGUCAGAUGGGUGCCUUUUGUUCUCGUGGAUGUUGUUAGUUCUGCAUGAUGGUUUAACCGCCCUGUUGGUCAGGUCAAUGAUAUUCAACAAAUCAAAGCAACUGAAACAUCUCGCUGUUUAGCAAAAGUAUUUUUCGUUAUUUUCUUUAUGUCUCAUCAUUAUGCAACAUUAUCACCUGGUCACCGCUUCAGAGGUCGACACUUUCGUCCCAAAUGUAAAAAGAAGGCCCUAACAGACUAACCUCUCCUCUGAGACCCCCUCUGAGACCCCCUCUGAGACCCCCACUAACAGACCAACCUCUCCUCUGAGACCCCCUCUGAGACCUCCUCUGAGACCCCCACUAACAGACCAACCUCUCCUCUGAGCCCCCCUCUGAGACCCCCACUAACAGACCAACCUCUCCUCUGAGACCCCCUCUGAGACCCCCUCUGAGACCCCCACUAACAGACCAACCUCUCCUCUGAGCCCCCCUCUGAGACCCCCACUAACAGACCAACCUCUCCUCUGAGACCCCCUCUGAGACCCCCUCUGAGACCCCCACUAACUGACCAACCUCUCCUCUGAGACCCCCUCUGAGACCUCCUCUGAGACCCCCACUAACAGACCAACCUCUCCUCUGAGACCCCCACUAACAGACUAACCUCUCCUCUGAGACCCCCUCUGAGACCCCCUCUGAGACCCCCACUAACAGACCAACCUCUCCUCUGAGACCCCCUCUGAGACCUCCUCUGAGACCCCCACUAACAGACCAACCUCUCCUCUGAGACCCCCACUAACAGACCAACCUCUCCUCUGAGACCCCCUCUGAGACCCCCACUAACAGACCAACCUCUCCUGAGGGUGAGUUAGGGACCCAACCAAAGAGGAGAAGACCCUCACUAACAGACCCUCUGAGGAUGGGUGAGGGACCGGGCCAAAGAGUUCUGAGGACCCCUCGGAACCCGACCACAGUGUAGACUGAACUGAGGAGCUCCCAGGAGGUCGAGAUCUAGAGGGGUCUGUGGAGAUGGACUGAAGAGGAGGUCGAGAUCUAGAGGGGUCUGUGGAGAUGGACUGAAGAGGAGGUCGAGAUCUAGAGGGGUCUGUGGAGAUGGACUGAAGAGGAGGUCGAGAUCUAGAGGGGUCUGUGGAGAUGGACUGAAGAGGAGGUCGAGAUCUAGAGGGGUCUGUGGAGAUGGACUGAAGAGGAGGUCGAGAUCUAGAGGGGUCUGUGGAGAUGGACUGAAGAGGAGGUCGAGAUCUAGAGGGGUCUGUGGAGAUGGACUGAAGAGGAGGUCGAGAUCUAGAGGGGUCUGUGGAGAUGGACUGAAGAGGAGGUCGAGAUCUAGAGGGGUCUGUGGAGAUGGACUGAAGAGGAGGUCGAGAUCUAGAGGGGUCUGUGGAGAUGGACUGAAGAGUUCCUAACUCAGCGUUAAUGUAAUAUUAUUCAGCAUUUUAUUUUGUGUUCAAAUACUUUAAGACUUUAAGCUCACCAGUAACUAUGCAGAUAGUUAGUAGAACCAGGUCAAAUGGGUUGAUCUGGGGUGAGUGGAUCUGGGGUUAGUUGAUCUGGGGUUAGUGAGGCUAGUGGAUCUGGGGUUAGUGAGGUUAGUGGAUCUGGGGUUAGUUAAUCUUGGGUAGGUGGAUCUGGUGUUAGUGAGGUUAGUUGAUCUGGGGUUAGUGAGGUUAGUGGAUCUGAGGUUAGUUGAUCUGUGGUUAGUGGAUCUGGGGUUAGUGAGGUUAGUUGAUCUGGGUUGAGUGAGGUUAGUUGAUCUGGGUUGAGUGAGGUAAGUAGAUCUCGGCUUAGUGAGGUGAGUUGAUCUGGGGUAUAGCACCUCAGAUCAACCCAUUUGAAAGACGCUUGCCUUAAAUAUUGCCUGGCCUUUAAGUUGAGUACUUGUAUAUUUCUGGGAUGGUUUCUAUAUCUGGAGACUAGCAGCGAGACAACGGUGACACACGUUUUCAUAAAUCAUCUUUCCUUCAUUCAUAAUUUUUUCUUCAAACCACUUAUCCUUAAUCUAGAUUAAUAUAAUGCGAGCGAAGAUUUCAUAAGAGCUGUUUGCAUGUUUUGUAAGGCAUUUUAUACAAAUAAAAACGUUGGUUAUUCCUAUA